CUUUGCCACGGUAACUUGGGUCUUCUCCUCUCCUGGUGCUGUCAGACGUGUACAACGGCCUUGGCGUGUAUGAUUGACUGGUCGCUGUACGUACACCCAUGCCCGAAGGGGAUGAGAGCGUGGUGUGCAAUCAUCACCUGCCCGUGUUGGGCGAUUGCGUGUAAAAGUGCAUCGAAGGAGUACUGAUCGAUUCUAGAGGACAGUGGUCCUUGUCAUACGAUCAAUUAACUAAGAGAUCUCGCUUUCUUGCACACUGAGCUCUCCCUCUCAAACUGUAGCGGUAUGUAGCACGAGUCAAUGUUCAAGACCGCGACGUUGGAGUCGACACACACUCUGUUUGAGCAACCACGCCGCGCUCGAUACUGGAACUUUAAUUUCGCACCAAGCAAGCAAAGGGAGGAAGACACCAUCUGUAAAAAGUGAAACGGAAGCAAGUUUCAGCAUCUGUAAAAAUUAUAGCAGUGAAACGGAAGCAAGUUUCAGCAUCUGUAAAAUUUGAAUUUGAGUCCUUAGCAGUGAAACGGAGUAUUAGUGCAGAGGGGGGCAAAGCAUCAGCAGGCAGCCAAACGCGUUUGCCUUUCAAAGCUUUUCUACCCGGUUUUCUCGCCCAAAACUAGCCGAAAGAGCGUGCAGCUGGAGCCCGUCCAGACACUGUAAAGCCAAAAGGGAGGAGCAUCGUCUGUACCUGUACGUGUGCUCUGCCCUCUGCCUAUGUAUUCCCGGCCCUUGCUUAGCCCGCAAGCAGGGCACGCAUUCCUUCCUUCUUCCCGGCCGCCGACGCCCGCGCGCCAUCUCCAAGCAACCUCGCUACAUAUCAUCCCCACAACGUGUUCUUCUACCACAUUGUUCUUUUUGUCCAUUGGUCAGAGACUCCAGUUCAUCCGUAAACACGCACUGAUCGGCCGAUCAGAGAGUACAUCAGGGCAACAGCAUUCAGGGAGAAGAUCGAUCGACCGAUCGGGAGCCAUGGACGAGGGGAUGAGUAGGACGGCGGCGCCGCACCCGAGCACGGACUGGGGCCCGAUCAUCGUGUCGGUGGUGCUGUUCGUGCUGCUGUCGCCGGGGCUGCUGUUCCAGCUGCCGGCGAGGACGAGGGUGGUGGAGCUGGGCAACAUGGCCACCAGCGCCAUCGCCAUCCUCGUCCACGCCAUCAUCUUCUUCUGCAUCCUCACCCUCGUCGUCGUCGCCAUCGGAUUACAUGUAUACGCUGCCUAGCUAGCCACUCGAUCAUUUUUUUUUUGUUUACUCUUCUUCUCCAAGAUGGCAUUGGUUUGUGUUCUUUCUUCCGGUGCUACCUGCCCUGCCCUGCCCCUGUUUGCCUGUUUUUAAUUUGGUCGGUUGUGAAAGUAUAGUAAACUGAAGAGAAAACACUGGAACGGUGUAUAGCAAGUACAGUAUAUGCUUCAAUGAGGAACUGCUCACAUGUAUUAACUGA